AUGAGUUUGAUAAGAUCGCUAAGAACAGUGCCCCGAAUCGCACUGGCCACAAGAGUAGCCACAGGAGUGGCCUCUCUACCUCUUCGCAGACCCCUCACCACUGGCGUGCGACGUGCGACAAGAACAAUUACUUUGCCACACAUCACUACACAUCAUGAAACGCUCCGACUAUAUUCUCUCCAGGCGACCGAGCUGGAAUUAGAGGAUUACCACAUUCAAGCGGAUGAAUAUUUGGAGUCUAUCUUGAUUGCUUAUGAAGAAUACGCUGAGGAGGUCGAUUCAAAUGAGCUGGAUGUGGAUCUAGCUCAAGGCGUGAUGAGCUUGGAAAUCCCUGGUGCUGGAUCCUACGUUAUCAACAAACAACCCCCGAACAAACAGAUUUGGCUAAGUUCCCCCAUUUCCGGCCCCAAGCGUUAUGACUAUGUCGACGGUGAAUGGGUUUAUCUGCGUGACGGCACCACCCUAACAGAGCUUCUGGAGACCGAAACCUCCGAAGCAUUUGCUUCCACUGGGAAGAAAUUUCAUCUUUGA